AUGGCGGUCGAGAUUGGGGCUGUGGUAAAGUACCUAGGUGCUUGGUUCGAAGUCACCGUCUACGCGGACCUCGAUGGCUCGGCCAUUGACCAGGCUGACAAAUGUCAGCCUAUUCCUCCCCGAACGAUGGAGCCGCCGGCACCUUGGUGGCCUAGAAUGGCGGAUGGCCAUUCCAAGGAGAACAACCUCUCCACCACAAUGUUAAAUGGAUUCCUGAUAGCUCAGGUUGUUGUGGUGGCGCUCUUUAGCGUGUGGAAGCUGUGGUGCCAGUUCUCCAAGCCCAAGAAGAAGCAGCCCGACGAGGAGAUCGUCGAGCUUCAGGAUCUGAAGAUAGCCAUCCUUCUAGAGGUGGUUGAGAAGUUGAACGACGACGUUGGCAGGCUGAGCAAAGAUGUGAACAAGCUGAGAGCCGAGCUGGACGAGGCGCGACGAGACACUGCUACCCUAAAUUGGCUGGCGAUUCGACCAUGGGCGGAGUGGAUGUCGUCGCGAAGGGUGGAGGGUGGGCUUGGACUUUGGGCUCGGUGUCGCCACAACUAAGUCGCUCCUGUGAAGCGACUACCAGCAAGAUAUCGUGGAGACACCAAGGUUCCCCGACCCGCCCAGCGAGCCUCGUUGGCGCGGUCUUCGGCAGCGACGGUGCGGGCCGGGG